UUGGGGCAUCUACUUGAAGCAGGCUGCAGAGAAGAAUGAGUUUAUCUAUGAGUACUGUGGCGAGAUCAUCAGCCAGGACGAGGCCGACAGACGGGGCAAGAUCUACGACCGCACAAUGAGCAGUUUCCUCUUCAACCUUAAUCGGGAUUUUGUGGUCGAUGCGACACGCAAAGGAAACAAAAUCCGUUUCGCGAACCACUCAUCAGCUUACAAUACCCCACUACUACAACCACUUUUCAUCUUCUCCACCCCCUCAAUCACACAGGUAAUGAUGGUAAACGGCGACCACCGAAUCGGCAUCUUCGCCAAACGAGCUAUACAGGCGGGCGAGGAGUUGUUCUUUGACUACCGUUACGGACCCACGGAACAGCUCAAGUACGUGGGCAUUGAACGAGAUGCGGAAUUGAGCAGCACUCAGGCUGAGUUCAUUCCUCUGACGUCGCCCACCAGCCAACUUCCGACGGCUGUCUGCGAUGCCGCUUUCGCUGGCUGCUAG